UGACCAAUAUACAUAACUGGCCAUGCAGACAAAAGAAAAUACGGUCACAUAUUGCCUUUUUCGUAUUUAAUUCAGUCGUAUUCCGCGAACCACCGACACAACAGGUUCAAAACUGUCCUGUCCAAAUCGAUCAAUCGUGGUCGUAACGGAUGUCCGCAGUACUCGAGAAAAAAAAUUAUAAGUUAAUUAGCUGGAGAAAGGAAACGGCCGAAAAUAUCAAGCACCGCUCAGCAGAUUGAAAAUCCAGCCGCUGUUAGUAGUGUUCAGCAUUUUGAUUAACAGGGCCAUCCGUCACCCGGCGCAGGGAAGGAUUUCGCACUCUUUCGUUCUAAGAAUGGACUUCGACGAGUAUCGCAAAAGAGGCAAGGAGAUGGUAGACUACAUCGCCGAUUAUUUGGAAAACAUUCGCGAGCGGCGUGUCUUGCCGGACGUAAAACCUGGCUACAUGCGUAAUCUGCUGCCUGAUUCGGCUCCCCUCGAGGGUGAACCCUGGCAGACGAUCAUCGAUGACGUCGAGCGAGUGAUAAUGCCGGGCGUAACGCACUGGCAGAGUCCACAUAUGCAUGCAUACUUUCCGGCGCUCAACUCGUUUCCUUCGCUGCUCGGCGAUAUGUUGGCUGAUGCCAUAAAUUGCUUGGGAUUUACAUGGGCUUCAUCCCCGGCUUGCACCGAGCUGGAAUCAAUCGUCAUGAAUUGGUUGGGGAAAAUGAUUGGGCUGCCGGAUGAGUUUCUGCACAUACCGGGCGUCCGUCGCGGGGGUGGAGUAAUUCAAACAACGGCUAGCGAGGCUACGCUAGUGUGUCUACUGGCUGGGCGUACAUUGGCUAUUAGGAGGUUCCACGAGCACACGCCUGGUCAACAGGACGCGGAAAUCAAUGCACGACUGGUGGCAUACUGCUCGGACCAAGCUCACUCGAGCGUCGAGAAGGCAGCCUUAAUCGGAUUGGUGCGGAUGCGAUUCAUUGAAGCCGACGACGGUCUCAGUCUGGGCGGGCGCGCUCUGGAGGAGGCCAUCAACGAGGACAUCAAGCAGGGGUUGAUUCCGUUCUGGGUUUGCGCUACUCUAGGCACCACUGGAGCGUGUGCCUUCGAUAAUCUGCAGGAAGUCGGGGAAGUUUGUGCGAAAUAUAAAAUCUGGCUGCAUGUCGACGCUGCCUACGCUGGAAGCGCUUUCAUCUGUCCGGAGUUUCGAAUAUGGCUGAAAGGCAUUGAGCGAGCAGAUUCCAUUGCAUUUAAUCCAUCCAAAUGGUUGAUGGUUCAUUUUGAUUGUACUGCUAUGUGGGUUAAAAAUAGUGGUGCCCUGCAUCGGACCUUCAACGUUGAACCACUCUACUUACAGCAUGAAAAUUCUGGACUAGCCAUUGACUAUAUGCACUGGCAAAUUCCUCUAAGCAAACGUUUUCGGGCACUGAAGCUGUGGUUCGUAUUGCGAAGCUUCGGAAUAAAGGGCUUACAGAAGCACAUCCGCGAAGGAGUCCGGCUGGCACAAAAAUUCGAAGCCCUAGUGCUUGCCGACCACCGUUUCGAAAUUCCUGCCGCACGUUAUCUCGGAAUGGUCGUGUUCAGAAUCCGCGGCGAAAACGAUCUCACCGAGAAGUUGCUCAAACGACUUAAUCACCGUGGAAAUCUGCAUGCUGUACCGGCUUCGUUGAAGGGUAAAUACGUUAUUCGUUUUACCGUCACUUCAACCCGCACGUCCAGUGACGAUAUCCUGAAAGAUUGGUAUGAAAUUAAAACUGUUACUGGGGAUUUGUUAGAAGAACUAAACGUUAAAAUAGCGGACCGCUCUAAAGUUCCUUUGAGAGAUACUCGUGAAAAAAAUGCAGCAUUCGGAUCGAGUCUGCUGCUUGCAAACUCACCGAUGUCACCAAAAAUCGUCAACGGAUCAUUUGCCGCUAUCUUCGACGCCGACGAGUUUUUGGCUAAAGUUUACGCGGGGGUACGAAUUUCGAACCAAGAUUCGCCGGCCAUGAGACGUCGCGUCCGGGGAAUACUGAUGUCCGGUAAACAGUUCUCACUGGACUCCCGCAUGGAUCUGGUGGUGCAGGGUAUCAGUCCCGGUGAGGUUAAAAACGGUAUCGAAUCCAAAGCCAUAACAGAGGACUGCGAGGAGGUUUGGGAAGCUUGUGAGCAGAUGGAAGUUGCGGAGCAAGAACCACUGGAGACACUGGGCAGUCCCUCGUUCCUGCUGCCGAUUCCGAUGCCCUGCCGAACUCCACCCUCAACUCCGCGCCGACAGUUCCGCUCGCAAAGUGUGGAUGUCGGCAUGAUUCAAGUCCCAACUAAUGCCAACAGUUUGCAAAGCCUGCUGUCCAAAACGACCGCCAGACGUUCCGAACCGUAUCUCUCAUCCGAUUCACUGGAUCAAAUCUCCACUCUACCGUCAAUGGGUUCGUCCAACGCUUCGUCGGCCAAGGCAUCGUUCGAGUCUAACCUGGAUUCGAUUGACGAAAAUAGUUCUCUGCACAGCUAUGGCACGAGUUUAUUGUCGAAGCGUCGCUGCUCGGACAACAGCCAGCCUUUUUCGUUAACCGUCCCGAACGCAUAUCCGGAGAAACGUCAAUCAGAGCCCAUGAUUAGGUGUGCGUUCUACAACAAAAGUUUCGAUAUGUUGUGCCCGAAGUCACCGAGCGGAGUCAAGCGAGUCCUGUCGCAAAAUGACAUCGCGAGACGACCGUUCCGUCGACAAAUCUCCACAAUCAACGAGAUGAUGGCCGACGAAGUUGCCUUGUUCGAUACCAGACCGGUUGAGCACGACUGGAAGAAGCUGCAUCUGAUUGCUCCAAAGUUUCAGUGUUGCAUUUCGGACGAGAACGGACAGUGUAUAAACUUCGAUCCCGUGUACCACAAUCACGAUCCACAACUGAAUGUGAAAGAUAUUCUGCGAAAAACUUUGCAAUUUGAGGAAAACUUUGUGGAAAAAUUCGAACAGGUUUGUCCCCAGAUUGAUACUUCGAGUGACAGCAAAGAGCGAAAUACAGGAAGAAAAUGUAAAAUUGGGACACGAUGUGAUGAUGAGGUAAUAUAUGAAAAUGUUAAAAUUUGUCGCAAGUGUGGACAUUUUACUGUUAGAUUAUAAUGUAGGAUGCAUUGUAACUGUCGUUUAAUAAUUAAGCAAUGUGAAGACUCAGUUCGAGAACGAGAUUAUUCAACAAGAGUGUAAUCUUAGUUCUGGGUUAGGUAGUUUUUAAAUGCUUUCUAUGUCUCUAGUCACUACAGUUUAACUACAAUUAUCAGUCCAAUUGUUAAAGUCCAAGAAUGUACAACACAUCGUUAAACAAAAUAUCUGCUGUGCGUGUCAAUAAGAUUGCGAAAUCUAUCAACAAUUUGUUCGAUUCGCGAGUCAGUGGUUAUUUCAUAUAUCCGCACUCUAAUAGUUAUCUAGUAGGAAAUGAAAAUACCAAACAGCAAACAUGUGUUAUCAUUUAGCUGUAAAAAAUGAAUAGAGUAAGCAAAACAACAUUGCAUUAGUAAAAUAACCGCAAGCCACUCAAUCGUACCCGGCAGCAACCGUAAGAGCCAUCAGAAAUGUUUGGCUGCAUAAUUACAGGCGUUGGCGAGGCUCGUGGUAGGCCAUAAGCAAACUUCCUAAUCAAUUGUCGAUAUACUCAGCACAGGGCUAAACUAUAAACUAGCCCGCAUCAGUCUGUCAGUUAUGUUGAAGUGGUACUCCAACAUAAAAGUGCGCAGAGGGCGUAGGGCUGUAAGCAAACAAAUCGUAACCAAUUAUACAAAUAAGCCGCAGUCAUUGAACUGCAAGCAUGCGGA